AUGCUGCAGAUCUUUCCAUGGGACAAUGACCUCGAUGUCCAGAUCUCCGAAGCAACCAUUCAUUUCCUGGCCGACUACUACAACAUGACAGAACAUCACUUCGAUAUCCCUAAUGUCAAGGGCGGCCGCACAUAUAUGCUCGAGAUCAACCCCAACUAUCUCGUGAAGUCCGAGGAAGAUACUUUGAACAAGAUCGAUGCAAGAUGGAUCGAUAUGUCAUCUGGUUUGUUCAUUGAUAUCACGGCAGUUAGGAAGGACGAGGAAAAAAGGAGCCAGGGAAACCCGGAAGCGUUGACGUGCAAGGAUAAGCACCACUACGAUGAGAAUGAUAUCUUCCCACUGCGAGAGAGUCUUUUUGAAGGUGUUACGGUUAAGAUCCCGUAUGCUUAUACUUAUCUUCUUGAGGAGGAAUACAGUGCUAAAGCACUCACCCGAACGAGCUUCUACGGUCAUACUUUCAAUGAACACACCAAAAUUUGGGAGUCUGCCUCGUGA